AUGGCCGAGCUGCCGCCGGGCCGCCGGUCUCCCCGCCCGCCGCCCAGGCGCGGCCGCCUCGUGGCCCCGGGGCCGAAGGCCGCAGCCUUGGCGGGGAGCCAAGCUCCUGAACCCCGGCGUUCCUUGCCUCCCACCCGCGACCCGGGCAAAUGCAAAGCCGGGCCCAGGGCGGCGGGGUCAGCAGGGCGGGCGCGAACAACAGGAGGUUUCAUCCCUAGACUCCGAGGUCGGGCAGGGAGGGGCUGCGCAGGGCUGGGCCCGCCCCCGCCGCGGGCCCGGCCCCUCCGGAGGGCCGCCUCUCCCCCCGCCCUCGGGUCUGUCCCCAACCCCCGCGGCUCCUCCUCCGGCUCUGAGGAUCCGCCUCUCCCCCCUCCUGCGGGUCGGCCCCGCCCCCCAGGAUCCGUCCCCCGUCCCCCGCCACGGGUCCAUUUCCCGCCGCGGGUCCGCUUCUCCCCCAUCGCGGGCCUGUCCCCACCCUCCGCGGGUCCGCCUCCCCCCAAGAUCCGUCCCCACCUCCCCCGCCGCGGGUCCAUUUCCCCCCCGAGGGUCCACCUUCCCCCGCCACGCCGCGGGUCCGCGCCCCCAGAGGGCGGUCCUCCCGCCCCCGAGUGUUCUCCUCCCCGCUUUGGGUCCACCUUCCCCCCCCAGGGUCCGCCCCCCCCGAGGGUCCGCCCCUCCUCGACCGUCCGACCGACUCCUUCCCGAGGAUCCGUCGCCCGCCAGAGGGUUCACCCCCAAUCCCGCGAGUCCGCCUCCCCGCCCCGCGAAUCCGCGUUCCCACGCUCGCUGGGGCACCGACCUGCCAUCUCCCGCCCGGGCCGGCCUUCCCAGCCCGGGGCCUCCCCGGUCCUGAAGAGCAAUGCUCGAGGUCCCGACCUUCUUCAUCUGCAGAGAGAAUCCAAACUCUUCUGGGAAGUGGGUGGCGGCUGGGGAGGGGAGCGAGACACUCUGGUCCCAAUCCCGGAAGGCCCCAGCUUGGGCCCCCUCCCCAGGCAGGGGGAGCGGCCUUGA